AGUGUGGUAACCGGAUAACCGCAGAGCGCGCGUCUCAUGUACUACGUCUCGUGCUGCAGAAUGCACCUCAGCUGGCGCGGAAUGGGUUUUUCAGAUGAAUUUUGAAACCGAUAACGGCUCGUUGUUCUAUUAACCUAUUAAUCAUCAUUUUAUCGCGUGAUUCUUGACCAGAAGUGAAAAUUGAACGGAAGUGGCGCUGUUUAUUUUGACAAAGUCGCGCCGCGGUUUGAGUUGUUUCAGAGAGAGGAGUUUUUUAUUCGCGCAGUGGACUGUGUGUGUGUGGGAGAGAGUGAGUGUGUGUGUGUGUGAGAGAGAGAAAUAGCACCCUGUCGGUUUUUAAUUUUUAUCUUUGAUCCUCGGGACUUUACUGUGAGGCGCGCGCAGGUUGAGAAUGGACGAGGUGGAGAAGUACCAGCAGAGACUGCAGGCGAUAGCGGAGAAGCGCCGAUUGCAGGAGGAACAGGAUAGAGCAAAACGCCAACUGGAAGAUGAGAAAAUCCGACUACAGCAACUGAAAAGGAAGUCUCUGAGGGAUCAGUGGUUGAUGGAGGGACCUCCACUUUCUCCAGACAGUGCAGGACCUCGAUCUCCCCUCUGGGGUCCACAAGCUCAGCGGAUUGAAGCACACAUCGACAAAUUGCAGACCGAGAUUGUAGAAAAAACACACAAGCAUAAGGAAGAUGGCUCAACUUCAGCCCAGUCACACACAGAUCACCAUGGCAAUGGCGAGAGAGCAAGUGCAGUGACUCCACCUCCAUCAGGAUGUUCAACGAACGGACAGGAGAAAAGCACGGACCCUUCGCCUGACACGUCUCUCACCAACGGCACUGUACAAGACAAGAAAUCCCAAAAUGCCCCUCUUCAACAUGUUAAUGACAUCAGCAAGGGGGCAGAGACUCUUCUAUUCCUGGGUUACACAGAGGCGGAGCCUGGGCAGGGUUUGUGUGAUGAUGAUGAUGAUGAUGAUGUCAAUACGGUCAUUCGGGCAGAGAGAGUGGUCAUCACGGAGGAGGGAGAGGACGUGACCGAAGAGUCCCAGGACACGCAAGCUGAGGAAGUGGAAGAACGAGAGGAAGCAAGAAUAGAAGAAGAGGAAGAAAGAGGAAGGGGACGAGAGGAAAACGGAGAGGAGGAAGAACGAGAAGAAGAAAAAGUGGAACGUCAAGAGGAAGUACGAGAGGAAGAGGAAGAACAAGAGAAAGAACGAGAGGAAGAACAAGAGAAAGAACGAGAGGAAGAACGAGAGGAAGAACAAGAGAAAGAACGAGAGGAAGAACGAGAGGAAGAACGAGUGGAUGAACGAGAGAAAGAACGAGAGGAAGAACGAGAGGAAGAACGAGUGGAUGAACGAGAGAAAGAACGAGAGGAAGAACGAGAGGAAGAACGAGAGGAAGAACGAGUGGAUGAACGAGAGAAAGAACGAGUGGGUAAACAAGAGGAAGAGAAUGAUGCAGAUGUUGAGAAUCAUCAAGAAAUGUCCACUGAGGCUGGUGAAGUUACAGAGCAAGAAGAAGGAAAAUUAGACACAGAUAACGAUUCAUCAGAGGAAGACACCAAAGUAAAAAUAAUCACACACGCUGAUGAAACAAAUACAGACACCGACACUGUUGCUGACACAAAACCAAGCAAAGACUCAGCCACGAAAUCAGCAUUAAACCAAGAUUUAAUACCAGAUGCAGAUCCAGCAGCUGUUAUUGAACAGGAAAGUGCCGCAGUUGAAACACACCCACAGUCCCUCUCCGAAACACCAGGGGGCGCUGUACAAACACCAUCAGUCUCCAUCACAAUGCCUACUUCAGCCAUUAAUCCUAACUGUGCUCAGAAAUCCCCAGAUCCCGCUUCAUCCGCCACAAACGCUGCAGCACAGUUCCAGGAAAUACCACUGGGCGGAGCCAUGGUGGAGGAGGAGCCGCUAUUGGCUGCAAAAGUGGAACCACUGACAGACACAGCGAAUCCGAGCCAGGCCGAAGGGGCAAAGACGAAAACCUGCCAGUGUUGCGCAGUCAUGUGAUCGUCAUCAUGUGACUUCCACAGUCCUGCAGCCAGUUGCACCGGCUGAACAUUUGAUCGCUAAGAUUUAAACGUCACACUGUCACACAGAGUGAGGCAUUUCACCAUCACCAGCCAAUCAGCAUCCAAGAAUGAAACACAUUUACUUCAUUUACAUCAUGCGACGUCUGUCCUUCAAUUUAAUCAUUUUAACAGACUCCAAAUCGACGGUGCAGUACAAUAAAGCAAUCCAUCUCUCGUACGCGUGUUUUAUACGCUUGUUCUGUGUGGGACGAAGUUUUAAAGACAAACCAUUUUAACGAUAAAAGAUAACGGAGCGGUUGCAAACUUAAUCUGUAUUUCAAAUGACAAUAAAGAAUAACUUAAUUUUUUUAAGUUUUAAGUAUUUUAUGAUGUACAUUGCAGUUUGAGCACGAGCUGAGGAGUCUGAAACAUCUGAUAUAAAAAUAGCUGAUUUGUAGUCCGUCUUAUGAUCUGUUUUUAUUUGCUGUUACAAAAAGUGUGUAGUCUGUAAACGUUUUUUUUACUCUUGUGAACUUUGAACAGAAUUACAGAGUAGUUGUGUUUAUGGCAGAUGUUACACUGCUAGGUUGUAGGUCUAAGUUUCAAAUUAUAACUAUAAAUGCUAUUGUUCCCUUUUACACUCAAACUAACCUACAAUUGAACUUACCUUCUCCUGGUGCACCUGGCUGCAGUUCUGCAGCUUCAGUGCGCCACCUGCUGGCCAUCUCAAGACUAAACCAUUCAUUUCAGACUGUAGCUGUGAGGAGCUCAGCGAAGGAAAUCUGAAGCAGUUAUGCUGUUAUUAAGCCAUAUGUACUGUACGUGUGUGUAUUUAUAAAUAAUCCCACCCAUUAUAAAUACUAGGAUCUGUUUUCAUUUACUCAAAUAUCAAACUUGACAUUUCCCUCAACUGAUCUUUAUUAUCCCGUGUACAUUCUGUCAUCUGUUAUUACCACGCUGCUCUCAGCCAAUCAGCGCACAGAGUAUUCUACCGUUCUGAACAGUAUCUCCUUCAUGCCUGUGGUAUAUGUGCAGUGUUUGUAAUGUUAUACUUUAUAAUGUUACAGUGUCUUUAGUAUUCGCUGAUAUUUUCUGACAGUUUAAUAAAUAUACACAUAAUCCUUUCA